UGUUCUCUUCAUCAUCCUCUUCUUUCACGUUUUCCCCUUGUUAUAUAUAUUCUUUUUCCCAGAAUUUAAGAUCCUUUCUUUGCACAAAAGAAACUAUAUUAUAAAAAAAAAAAUUAUAAAUUUGAAUCCCUUCAUAUUAUGAAACCCCUUUGAAUCAUUUAUCUCAUAGGUAUUUUGAAGAUCUCUCAAGUUUUUCUUUGUGGUAUUUUGAAGGACCCAAGUUUUUGUUUUUGGUAUUUUGAAGAAAAGAUGUUGGGAGAACUCAUCACCAGCAGUUUAGUAUUGGUUCUUGGAUAUGCAUAUCCUGCUUUUGAAUGUUAUAAGACUAUUGAGAAUAGCAGAGUUGAAAUUGAAGAACUCAGAUUUUGGUGCCAAUAUUGGAUUAUUGUGGCAUUGUUGAGAAUAUUUGAGAGCUUUGGUGAUGUAUUCAUGACAUGGCUACCAAUGUACAGUGAAGCAAAAUUGGCACUUAUAAUAUACUUAUGGUAUCCAAAAACAAAGGGAACAAGAUAUAUAUAUGAUACAUUAUUGAAACCAUAUGUAUCAAGGCAUGAACCAGAUAUUGACAGGGGUUUUCUAGAGUUCAGAACAAGGGCAUUUGACUUGGCUAUUUAUUACUGGCAAAAUUGCACUGAAUUGGGACAAGCUAAGUUCUUUCAAUUGCUUGAUUUUGCUUCUCCAUCUAGAAGAGAUUCACAUCUUAUCUCUGAGCAAAGAAAUGGUACUGACCAUUCUCGCCGAUCGCCACCACCUUCGGCCUCACCACCAUCAUCGUCAUCAUCGUCAUUCGGGUUCUUUCGGAGAAGUAAGCCAUCAUCCGACCGGAGGCAACCACCACCACCAUCACCACGAUCAGAUAGAAGGCAACCACAAUCUCCGCGGUCUUACUCCUCUCACCGGUCCAUAUACUAAACCUAGACGACCCAAGUACACCCGAAGGAUCGAACUCGAUACCUAGACCCGGAGGAUUAUCUCGAACCCGGUUCGGAUCCCAAUAUGGAUUCUAAUAUAGACGCUGUAGUAACAACACAUUUGUACAUUGUAAUUUGUAUAUAAUCGACAAAAAAAAAGUCACUUCGAUUUUAAAUAUUUUUUAUUGAAUUUUUUUCCUUUUU